GCCGAAAGCAACACCCUUUUUUACGGAUUCUUUGAACUCGCUAUACUACUUACUGGCCGGCAUCGCCUAACUCUUCCACCAACACUCUCCCUUAGCUUCUUUCUAACCCUAACUCUUCCAUCUCCAUCCAUUUAUCUAUUUUUUUUGUUGGCCUCGCAACGUGACUCCAUCUCCUCGACAAGUCUUCAUUCAGCGAUUGUCCGGGAGGUCUGGCCAUAGCUUCUAGAAACGCCACAGAAUCCGCCGAAUCGGACCAAACAGGAUGCUCCACCAACACGUACCGGGAGAUCUAACGAUCCAGGGACCUGAGGGUCCGCUCCAGUGCAGCGCAGCUGCGAGAGUUGUCCUCGGUGAGCUUCUCCCUCAACCGACCAUCGAAGUUGGAGAAAAUCUGAAUAAUAUCAGCAUUCACGGUAUCAAUGUGACCCAGAGUCUUCGCUAUGUGCCUGGUCACUGCUAUCAGCUUCUCCUCGCCAUUUUCAGCCAUCCCCACCAUGGAAAAACAACAAAGACAGAAUUUUCAGAAUUGGGUUUCUAGAUUUGUCAACAGUGGAAGUAAGCUCAAGACUAGCCAAUUGACGGACGGAGAUGCUAGCCAGCAAGUAUUUGAUCUUUAGCUCAACACUUCUAUCUUUACCUCCUUUGAUUUGCAGGUAUGCCAAUGAAAAUUGCUGGUAUGGUAGGUAACGACGAAGUCAAUGAAAAUUGCAGGUAUUUACUACACUUUUUGCAACGCUCCAGAGACUUUUUGUUCAUGUAUAGAUUAUUCCAACUUUCAUUUUUGCCUCAACUUAUUUUUUUUCUGUUUCUGCCGCUUGAAUCAGGAAGCAGAGCGUGAAUGUUUAGAAUUUGAGUAUGGCUUUAAGCAAGCAGUUGCUAAAGGACUAAGGUUGCUUGUUGGUUUAAUAAAAAACCGAUUUUCACUUAAAUCUUUGAAGAAACUCUAUUGGCUAGGUCAGAAAAUAUGGAUUAGCUUGAAAAAAGUUAGGUUGUUCAACCCCGUACCUUCUCGAUUUUAUUUUUAGCAGUCUUGGCUCUUAAUAUACUCGAUUGGUUUAGUAGUUAAUAUGUACAUGUUGACUAGUUUUUGAAUUAAAAAAUCAUUGUUUUAGUUGUUAUAACAGAGAAAUUAUGCUAUGCACAUAUAUGAAUCAAUGUAUUCUAGGUUUCCAUCUACUAUAUUCUAAUAAUUGAUUACAAUUUUCUCUUUAAAAAUCAUCUUGUUCCUUUCCUCGAUAUUUUCUGCAAUUUAUGCCCUUUAGAAGGUUGUAGCUUAUGAAUAUAAUGCAUUAGGAAUAAGUUUUAUGGUGUGAUCGAAUGUUUAUUUAAUUUUCUAUUCUCUUUGGAGCAGAGAUCAUUUGCAAUUUGUAAGGUUAAACAAGGUGGUAUUAAGUCCAUUUAUUUUAAGUCACCUAAGUUUCAUGGGCAACCUCUAAAUUUUCUUAGCACUUCUCUAAUGCUUAUAUGUUUUUCUUCUCCAUUUGGUGAUCAUAGGGAAUGUAAAGCUAUCUUCUGUUCACCUCUUUCUCCUCCCUCUCGUAGUCUCGCAUUAUUUCAGGAGGUCUUAUGAAAAAUGCUUACAAGUAUCUGAUAGAGUAUCUGAUAGAGUCUGGAGGUAUAGAGGAAGAUGCCUCUUAUCCUUGCAAUGGAAAAGGCGGCGAAUGCAAAUUUCAAUCAAAGAAAGUGGCGGUCAAGGUUGGGAAUUUCACCACAGUUCCUGCUGAUGAGGACCAAAUGGCUGCUUAUUUGGUUAAUCAUGGUCCUCUUGCUAGUAAUAUUCUAAUUAUGCUUUGUGUUUUUUAUAUGAGUGUGAGAAUUGCUGAUUGGUUGAAUCGAUUUUCAUAAGUUACAACAGAUUUGACUCUUAGUUGAGAGCCAAAAGUGCUCUAUUGAUACUAGCUUCUAAAGGAGAUGAAUUAGUCUGAGGUGUUAAACCGGCUUAGCUUUAUAAUUAUUAUUUUUUAGGCUAAUUGCUUUAGUUUAUAGAAACAUGAUGGUAUCUAAAUGUAGUGGAGAUAAAUCAAGAUACAUGCAGACAUACAUGAGAGGUGUUUCAUGCCCACUCAUAUGUAGCAAGAGGCUGCUCAACCAUGGGGUUCUACUUGUUGGUUAUGGUUCAAAAGGAUUUUCCAUCCUCAGGUUAGGCUACAGGCCGUAUUGGAUCAUCAAGAACUCGGAAGGAAGCUGCAGAAUUGAUGACCUUAGUAUGACUCAAAAUCCGAUAAGAUGAAAUUAGCCUCAGAAGAGAAGGGUUAGCAGGAUGGCCUAAUGAGGUGACAACAAUAGGGAUGAACAGCAAGAGAGUUGAAACCCAAAUUACAUAUGGUGGAAUAAUCUAAGGAGUUGAAACCCAAAUUACAUUAGGCCAUCCUGGCCUAAUGAGGUGACAACAAUAGGGAUGAACAGCAAGAGAGUUGAAACCCAAAUUACAUAUGGUGGAAUAAUCUAAGGAGAUGAAUACAACGUUCUUGAUCUUUUGGAUUUUUUCCCGCCUUGUAUUAUUUGUGUAUUAGCACUUUCUUUUAAUUAUUCUGGCCGUCGUUUGACUUCUCCUUUUUACUUAUUUAGUUUUAGGGUAUACCAUUGUGUUAUGUACAUGAUGCACACUAAUUAGUAGUGCAUAAUUGUAUGUUUUUAUGUUUCAUUGAUGGUGAUUGUUUGACGUUUUAUUUAGUUUGUAAACAUUUAUGUGAUUUCAGUUGUAAUUGUAUUUUAGUUUUUUUUUGUCAGUUGUAAAGUUUAGUUAGGAUUUGUGGUGUUGGAAAGGAAGACUUUGAAGUGAAGAAAAAGAAGAUUUGGCUGCCCAGGAGCAAAUACCCGACCGGGUAUAACACUUAACCCGGUCGGGUAAGAAGUGAAAAACGAAAAUGCAAAGAAAGUGCAUGGCACGGUCGGGCCCACUACCUCACCCGGUCGGGUGAGAAGUGAUCGGGGACAACCCGGUGUGCAAAGAUCACUCGAACGUGAAGAAUGUCCAAUUUUUGCACUCACCCGGUCGGGUCCCUUACUCAACCCGGUCGGGUCCCUUACUCAACCCGGUCGGGUCAGAUAUGACCCGGAACACCAGAACAUGUUGAAGAUCACAAAGAUUUGGAAAAAUCUGAUUUAGACCAAACCCGGUCGGGUCCUUUACUUGACCCGGUCGUGUCUGACUUGACCCGGGACAAUUUAACGUGCUGGAACACAAAAACAUGGAAGAUUAUCUGAUUUUGACCGGUACCCGGUCGGGUAUGUACCUAUACCUGGUCGGGUACUCGGCCAAAGGUGUUGAAAAACACCUAUAAAUAGCACACUUUUUCUUCACAAAAAAUCAUCCCUUCUUCCAUUCUCUUUAGCUCAGUUUAGAAUAGCAUUUCUUUAUAUUUUUCUAGCUAUGUUUAGUCUCCAAAUGAGGAGCUAAACUUCCAUUCUUGGUUUUGCU